GAACUGGCGGUCAGGUGAUGAAGUGCUGUGAGGCACAGAAAUGAGCGGGGGCAGCGCGCCGUGCGUCCUCUCGGCGUUUUCGCUCUGUGUUCUGUUCUGCUCCGCUGAAAACUACUCUGUAGACGAUCAGGCUGGACUAGGACGGACAUUUGAUGGUGUUGGGGGAUUAAGCGGUGGAGGGGCAACAUCCCGUCUGCUUGUUAAUUAUGCAGAACCGUACAGGAGUCAGAUUCUGGAUUACCUUUUUAAGCCCAACUUUGGAGCUUCUCUGCAAAUUCUAAAAGUUGAAAUUGGAGGAGAUGCCCAGACGACAGAUGGUACAGAGCCCUCUCACAUGCACUAUGAGAACGAUGAGAACUAUUUCAGGGGAUAUGAGUGGUGGCUGAUGAGAGAGGCCAAGAAGAGGAACCCGAACAUCACGCUUAUAGGUUUGCCGUGGGCGUUUCCGGGAUGGAUUGGACGUGGGGAAAACUGGCCCUAUGAUUAUCCUGAUGUUACUGCUUCUUAUGUUGUAUCCUGGAUUACUGGAGCAAAGCAGUAUCAUAACUUAGAUAUUGAUUAUGUUGGGAUAUGGAAUGAAAGGAGCUUUGAUAGCAAAUACAUAAAGCUCCUGCGAUACACUCUGGAUAAGAGUGGUCUGGAGAGGGUCAAAAUCAUCGCCAGUGACAACCUCUGGGAACCCAUAACCCUGUUUGUGCUUCAGGACCGAGAGCUCAGUGAAGCUGUGGAUGUUCUGGGAGCUCACUACCCAGGAACCACCACAGUAUCAGAAGCGCUGAAGACAGGGAAGCAGCUGUGGUCUUCUGAAGACUACAGCACCUUCAAUGAUGAUGUGGGAGGAGGCUGCUGGGCACGAAUUCUCAACCAGAACUACGUCAAUGGCCAGAUGUCUGCCACUAUUUCCUGGAACCUGGUCGCCAGUUACUAUCAGGAACUUCCGUUUGGAAGAGAUGGGUUGAUGACUGCUCAGGAGCCAUGGAGCGGAAAUUACGUUGUGGAGUCCCCCAUUUGGAUAACUGCCCAUACCACACAGUUCACUCAGCCUGGCUGGAAAUACCUGCAGACUGUCGGCCACCUAACACACGGAGGGAGUUAUGUUGCUUUGACUGACCAAAAGGGAAAUCUGACCAUAGUCAUUGAAACCAUGACUCAUGAUCACUCUGUAUGCAUACGGCCUCCUUUGCUUCCCUAUAACGUCACAGCCCAGAAAGCUACAUUCUGUUUGAAGGGAUCUUUCGCCUCAAUCGGUGAGCUGCAAGUAUGGCAUUCAAAGUUUGAUUUCAAAAUGAAAAAGCCAGUCUACUUCCAAAAACUCACUCCCAUAAAGGUGACUAAUGGCUCAUUCACCCUGGACCUUGAUGUUGACGAAGUUUAUACAGUGACCACCAUAACUACAGGGCUAAAGGGGAGUUAUCCGGAGCCUCCUCCGUCCUCUCCCUUCCCUAAAAUUUAUAAAGACGAUUUCAACGUCCAGCACCCAAACUUCUCCGAGGCUCCAGACUUCGCUGAUCAGACUGGUGUGUUUGAAUACUUCAUCAACCAGACAGACCCUGGCCCUCAUGUUUACACACUGCGGCAGGUGGUCACUCAGCGGCCAAUCACUUGGGUGGCGGAUGCUGAUCAAACCAUCAGCGUCAUCGGGGAUUAUAAGUGGCAGAAUGUGACGGUCUCGUGUGACGUGUACAUGGAGGAGGAACACAGCGGAGGUGUGUUUGUGGCAGCGAGAGUGGAUAAAGGAGGAGGCUCUGUCAGGAGUGCCAGAGGAAUCUUCUUCUGGGUGUUCGCAGAUGGCACAUAUAAAGUCACCAAUGAUCUCAGUGGGCAAAGUGUUCUGGCUGAGGGACAGUCAGGAACCAGAGCGAAUGUCUGGCACACGUUGACACUGUCUGUAAAGGGUAAUAAUGCCUUUGGAGAACUCAACGGCCAUGUGCUGUGGAAGAACGCGGUAGGCUUGGUGCCUGAACACGGAUGGGCGGCUAUAGGCACGAGCUCAUUCCAGCUGGCUCAGUUUGACAACUUUGCUGUACAGGCGGAGUAACAGCUCCUUUCUCUAACCCUGUAAUGAGUCUCUCAGGUUUCUUAUAAGCUUUCCUAGAUGAAACGUUUAUUUAUUUUUAUUUUUUUUAAUGAUUCCAGCUGACCAUUUGCAGAAUUCUGGCAAAACCCACCUUGCUUGGUUACUGUUGCUAUGCUUGCCCUAACACUGGAGCUAACUGGAGCUUAAUGUUGUUCCAUAACAGGGGUGCACAACUCCGGUCCUGGAGGGCCGGUGUCCAGCACAGUUUUGAGGUUUCCCUACUCAAACACACCAAUUAAACCUACCAAUUAACAGAUGAGUGUAAUCAGGUGUGGUUGAGCAGGUAAAUCACCAAACUGUGCCGGACACCGGCCCUCCAGGACCGGAGUUGUGCACCCCUGUUCUAUAAAGCUAUUUAUACUUAGUUCCAAUGGUACAAUCUGAUUGGUUGAGAACUGUUCUACCCAUUUUCAACUGUAUUAUUCUGCUGAGUAACGAUUGCUAAGUAAACUACUCUUUACGCUGCAGCUGUUUGUAGUGCAGACAAAAACAGAAACUAAAUAAAUACAUUAGAUAACUUCUAUAUGAUGAUAUAAGAGAGUGAUCGCAGGACUACAUUAUAUUUCAUACCUGUCGUUGAUCCUAAGUGAGCUUUUAUCAGUCGGCAACUAAACAAACUGGAAUUAGCCAGAAAAGAACAGAAUAAAGUUCAGCAAACAGGAUGUGAAAUGCUUUCCAGACCACAUUCAGGUUCAUCUGGCGAAAACUGUAAAAGCUGAGCUGGACCUGAUUGUGACAGUGUCCAAAAGGCAAAAAGCUACUACUUUAGUUGGUGAAAGGAAUUGCCAAUAUUUUGUUGCUGUCCAAAAAAAAAAAAUAAUAAUAAUA